AGGGUGUAACAGCUCCAAGUGGUAUCUCAGAGACCGCGCCUCAACGCAUGGCCGGUGAUUCUUCCGAGAAGUCACAGAAGAGGAAAAGGAAGAGGAAUAAAUCAAGGAAGGGUCCUUCCAUCUCUGGGGAGCCGGACUCUCUGCCUCCUCUAAGCACAGCACCAGCUCAAGCCGCGGAAUUGCCUGAUACACGUGCUAUUGCACAAGAAACCCAAACCCCGGGCAGUGAAGUAGCCAAACCGGGUGCUGCUUUACUUGCUGGUGACAGUGGAGGCACACAUGAAAGCGACAGGGAGUUGGGUCACUUGGGAAAGGAAGCUGGAAGUCUGGAAGCGGUUGCAGAAGGCAGUCACAGCAGCGUAGGUGUGAUGACCCCACCAAAGCAGAGCAGCGCGCGUAAUGUGGCUGCCCCACCUCCGAGCUCUGCAGCCCCAAAGAAGAAGGUGGAGGGUGGAAGUACCACAGAGUGUGGGGAGGCGGUCGGGAGUAACGUGGAAGGGGGCAGUGGUGGCCCUGACGCUGGCCAGCUUCCAGAAGCCAGACCAGAUUCCCAGUCCUCGGGUAGCAGUAAGAAACUGGCCUCAACAGGAGAGCGAGCGAGCAUUUCCUCCGAGUUGUCUGCUGGUACGGGAGUGCCGAAAAGUAAGCCUGCAACUCCUUGUGCUGAACAUCGAAGUCAAGACACACAGACUCCACCU